AAAACCCUCCGACUGUCUACUGAAGCCGAGGUGGAGGUUUAUAGCGCCAUACAUCACCCUAUCCCUUCAAUCCCUUCCCCUCCCUCCCUGCCUUCCAAGUGAAAACCUCUCACCACCACCACCACCACCACCGAGCCACCGCCAUGGCUCGCUCCUCCUCCAUCAUACCCGUUUCCACCACACUCUCCCUCCCCUUCUCCUCCUCCGCCUUCACCAAAGCCACCGCCGCCCAUUUCCGCCCCAAACCCCAAUCCGGUGCCGUUUCAUUUGUCGCGUCGGCCGUCGCGAGCACGAAUAACUCGGUCCUGAGCGACGAGGCGUUCAAGAGGCUGGGGUUGUUCGAUGAAGACUCUCUGAACGUCAGAGACGACGACGACGAUGGCGGCUUCGGCUCUAAAAUUGGGAGAACGGCGUCGUCCGGUGCUGCUGGGAGUGACGACGGAGUCGAACUUGCUGUUUCGAACUUAGGGCUUCCUCAGAGGCUCGUCGAGGCUCUCAAGAAACGAGGGAUUACGGAGCUAUUCCCCAUCCAAAGAGCUGUGCUAGCACCUGCAUUGGAAGGUCGAGAUCUUAUUGCUCGUGCAAAGACUGGGACAGGGAAGACAUUAGCCUUCGGAAUACCAAUACUUAAACGGCUUAGUGAAGAUGAAAGGAGUUUUCAGAGGCAUGGACGACUUCCCAGAAUGUUGGUUCUUGCACCUACUAGGGAAUUAGCAAACCAAGUAGAAAAAGAACUCAAAGAAUCGGCUCCGUAUUUGAAGACUGUUUGUGUCUAUGGAGGAGUUUCUUAUAAUACACAGCAAAAUGCACUUUCCCGUGGAGUUGAUGUGGUGGUGGGAACUCCUGGUAGACUCAUGGAUCUAAUAAAAAGUAAAAGCCUGCAACUGGGUGAAGUCGAGUAUUUGGUGCUUGAUGAAGCUGAUCAAAUGCUUGCGGUAGGCUUCGAGGAGGAUGUGGAAGUGAUUUUAGAAAAGCUUCCAGCACAGAGGCAGAGUAUGCUUUUUUCUGCAACUAUGCCUUUUUGGGUGAAGAAACUAGCCAGGAAAUAUUUGGACAAUCCUUUGACAAUUGAUUUGGUUGGUGACAGUGAGGAAAAGCUGGUAGAGGGGAUCAAGCUGUAUGCCCUCCCGGCCACUGCAACUUCAAAGCGUACCAUUCUUGCUGAUCUUGUAACGGUCUAUGCCAAGGGAGGGAAGACAAUUGUUUUCACGCAGACAAAACGUGACGCAGAUGAAGUUUCUCUCGCUUUGACAAGUAGCAUUACUUCAGAGGCACUGCAUGGUGACAUAUCACAACACCAGAGGGAGAGAACUUUAAAUGGUUUUAGGAAAGGGAAAUUCACGGUGCUUGUUGCCACUGACGUUGCAGCUCGUGGGCUUGAUAUCCCCAAUGUGGAUUUGGUUAUCCACUAUGAAUUGCCAAAUGAUCCAGAGACUUUUGUGCAUCGCUCUGGUCGUACGGGACGAGCAGGAAAAGAAGGCAGUGUUAUUUUAAUGUUCACUAGUAGCCAGAGGAGGACAAUCAAAACACUUGAGCGCGAUGUUGGAUGUAAGUUUGAGUUUAUUAGCCCACCAUCUGUGGAAGAUGUUUUAGAGGCAUCAGCUGAGCAAGUGGUGGCUACCCUAAAUGGAGUUCAUCCUGAGUCUGUGGAGUUCUUCACCCCAACUGCUCAAAAGUUGAUUGACGAAAAAGGCACGGGUGCUCUUGCUGCUGCCAUAGCACAACUGAGUGGCUUUUCCCAACCUCCAUCGUCCCGAUCUCUAAUUACGCAUGAGAAGGGAUGGGUAACGUUGCAGCUAACACGUGAUCCUGUUUUUUCUAGAGGGUUCUUUUCUGCUAGAUCCGUAACUGGACUAUUGUCAGAUGUUUAUUCUUCGGCCGCUGGUGAAGUAGGAAAAAUACACUUAAUUGCAGAUGAAAAGGUUCAAGGAGCAGUUUUUGAUCUUCCAGAGGAGAUCGCAAAAGAAUUACUGAAUAAGGAGCUACCACCUGGAAACACUAUUUCCAGAAUUACCAAGUUGCCCACUUUGCAAGAUGAUGGGCCUCCAACUGAUUACUAUGGAAGGUUUUCUAACAGGGAUAGGGGUUUCCGAGGAGGUUCUAGGGGACAAAGAGGUUUCAGUAACUCACGAGGAUGGGAUCGAGAUUCUAAUGAGGACGAAGGCAGGUUUGGUAAUAGGCGCGGUGGUCGGAGCAACAGAAGCAACAGUAGUUGGUCUAGUAGCCCAAGAGAGAGUUCAAGAGACAGUGCAGAUGAUUGGUUAAUAGGCGGUGGACGGUCUGGGCGGUCAAGAGAUAGCUCAAGAGACAGUGCAAGUGAUUGGUUAAUAGGCGGUGGACGGUCUGGGCGGUCAUCAUCCUAUGCAAAUAGGGACAGAGACAGCUUUGGCGGUGCAUGUUUCAACUGUGGGCGGUCUGGCCAUAGGGCAUCGGAUUGUCCUACCAAGAAAGGUUUUUAGUUAUUCUUUUCUGUGCUGCCACCGGGAGUUUUCUUACUGCUUGGAUACAUAUGAGAGAUUGCUGCUGCCAGUUCUGCUACUGCCGCUGGAUGUUGGCUUGCAAUACGUGUGUUGUAAAAGAAGGCAUUCAAGAGGUCCACAAGGUUGAAGAAAGUUCUCUCUGAAGUGUCAAAGAAAAGCAGCUUCUGUCUCCCUCUCAAUUCUAUAGGCCAAUUGUUUUGUGAAUCACAAACUAAUUAUCCGUCUUCGAUUAGGGCUCGGCCUAAGUCUGUUGUUUUAUGUAUUUCCUUGUUCUUCUGCCCGUUGGUGGGAGAGAAUGACAGCUUACAAGUAAGUGAAAUUCAUUGCAAUGUUUCUGGAUUA